AUGUCUGCUGCAGGUUACGAUCGUCACAUUACUAUUUUCUCUCCAGAAGGUCGUCUUUACCAAGUCGAGUAUGCCUUCAAAGCGGCCAAUCAACCUAAUCUAAACUCAAUAGCCAUCAGGUCCAAGACCGCCUCUGUGGUAAUUAGCCAGAAGAAAGUCCCAGAUAAGCUUUUAGAUCCUAAGACGGUUAGCUAUAUUUUCCCAGUGGCAAGACAUAUCGGGUUCUGUGCCACAGGACCGGUUCCAGAUGCCAGAAAUAUUGCAUUGAGAUGUAAAGCCGAAGCUAGUGAGUUUCGUUAUAAAUAUGGGUAUGAUAUCCCAUGCUCCGUACUAGCUAAAAGAAUGGCCAAUUUGUCGCAAAUAUACACACAAAGAGCUUACAUGAGACCAUUAGGGAUUAUUUUGACUUUUAUUUCGUACGAUGAGGAAACAGGACCUGCUAUUUUCAAAUGUGACCCUGCUGGUUACUAUACGGGGUACAAGGCUACUGCCACUGGCCCAAAACAGCAGGAGUUGAACUCUGCUUUGGAGAAGCAUUUCAAGAAGUUAAAGGACGAUAAAAUCGAUGAGGAAAGUUGGGAAAAAACCGUUGAGUUCGGUAUCACUACCCUAAUUGACUCAUUAGGAACAGAUUUCAGCAAAAAUGAUCUAGAAGUUGGUGUAGCGAUUAAGGAUAAAUUCUUUACGCUAACAGCUGAUGAAAUUGAGGAAAGAUUGGUCUCUAUUGCUGAACAAGAUUAA